AUGAGUCAAAGCCGCCGAGAGAGGAGAGAGAAUUUGAAUGAGAGAGGGACGAGCAAGUGGGAAGAAAAUGGCGACCCAUCAUUCUUCCCUAAGCUGUCAGAGUCCGAUCGAAGCGAGCAAGAGAUAGAAGAAUCAUCGCUCAUAGAUGGCUUUGAUGCUGCCUUGGCUGAAUCCCUUGGAAAGGCUGGAAUCAAAACCAUUCUUUGCUUUGGUCGAGUUGAGCCUAGGACCGGGAAUCACCCUUUUAAAGUCAAGCGCAUUUCUUCUACUUCUACCCGGAGAACUGGGGAUGAAAGAAGGUCCGGCAUCUAUCCAGACCGGCAACACAUCUACUUCGUGUUACCUCUUCCAGAACCUCCCCUGUCUUUUAGAAUAGCUCCAGUAGCAGUGGUUGGGAAUGUAAUAUUCCCCCUAUCCAUUAAUAGGACUUUAGGCAAGAUAGAAUCCAGUUCAGUUCGAGAUAGUAAGAUAGUCUGCGAGGGCACAUCAGUUCUACAGAGGAGGGUCAAAAGUCAGAAAUUUCACCAAGAAGUGAGCAAUCCUUUGCUUUGUGGAAUACCUUAUUUGAAGGUCAAUUAUAUCGAACCUGUUGCAAACCUUCUCCAAGCAAGCCAGGUUACAGCAGAGUAUCCUAUUCUCGUGGGACAAGCCAGCUUCCUUUGA